CGUAUUCUGACGGUGUUUGUUUUAAUCAAUUUGUGUUGGAUUACCUCACAGUGCAGUGAAGUGAUAAGCAGGUCACAGCCCCGGGGGGGAGAGCGCUGACCUACCGGAUGUUGAGCUGAAUCUCCAAGACGGUUUUUGCAAGCGCUUGUUUACGACUCGUCUAAUCUGGAUGCUGACGCGGUUUAAUCGCGAUGGCCAGUGAAUUAUCGCAACAACAGCAGCAGGAGCAGCUGUUGAAAGAGUUGAGCGAGAGUUUAGAGUGCCAGAUCUGCUUGAAGACAACGGACGAUCCCCAUCUGUGUCCAAAGUGUUCCAAGUUUUACUGUUUCGUGUGCAUCCGGGACUGGCUGCAAAAGUCUGGGAAGGAUGCCUGUCCGAACUGUUUGGGAAGCGUGUGCUUGGCAGAGUUUGUCAAGUUUCGCUGGGGAAAUGGGAUUGAAUCGUUGAGGAAUUUGGUGGCCAAGCCGGAGGUGACUGGGUCUACGUCGAAGAGUUUGGGGAUAGCUUUGAAGAGGACCCAGGAGGCGUUCGACGGCGUUACGGAGCGAAUACAGCAAACGCUGGCUAAGAGGAAGGAAGCGUUGAAGGCUUCGAAGGACGGGUUAAUCAAGUCGAUCAACAUUCUGGUUCAACAAGAGUUUCGUGAGGUACACAAGCAGUACAACGACAAGUUGGCCGAAGUAGACGCUUGGAAUGACAUUCUUACCAAGGAGCUUAACAAAUCGGAGGUUAACUUGUAUGCGUUGAAGGACAGCGUAUCUAAAGAGCCAUCAACGGAAACGGAGCGGCAACAGCUGGAAUCGCAAUGCCAAGUGUUGACGAAGAAGCUGCAGCUGUUGGCUCCGAACGUAGCGGAGCACAGGUUCUACUGUAAGCUAAUGCCGGCACCGUCGAGUUGGCGGUUCACUGUGAGAAACUUCAGCCAGGCACGGACUGAGAAUAAGAUUCAAUACUCGGACCUGGUGAGGGACGAUUUGGGAAACACCUGGAGAUUGGAGAUCCACCCGAAUGGAUUCGGGGACGCCAAGAACACGAGCGUGAGUGUGUUUCUACAGCUGUACGAAGGAAUCGAGGGAAGGUACCACUACGUCAUAGAACUCCCGAACCGCCUCCAUCCGUACCACACGUACGAGGACGAGGACAUAUUCGAGCUGCGCAAGGGCUGGGGUCAGAAUCACUUCGUGGACCAGAAGCUGCUGUUCGAUCGGUAUCUGGAGAACGAUUCGUUCGAGCUGCGGUUCUCCGUUCGCUCGCCGCAUUUAAUCGACAAGUACGACUGCUUGCGCAAGUACGCCGACAAGCUGGAGCGCAACAAUUCCGCACUCAGGGAGGAAUGUUCCGUCGACUGUGUCAACGAGGCGUGCUGCAUUCGUAACGUGGCCGAGGUGAGCAACGCCUUUGGCUGCCUGUACUCGGACAGCAUCCGGGAUGAUCUGGGAGGUUCGUGGAGGCUGCAGGUCUACCCCGGCGGGAACGGUGAGAUGAAGGGACUGUUUGUUGGAGUGUUUCUGGAAAUGGUCGACGGGAUUCCCAACUCGUACGAGUUCACGGUAACGCUGGUGGGCGAGGGCUUCAAAUCCGUCAAAAAGUCGUUGGAGCACAACUUCCAGCCGUGGAUGCCGUUCGGCUGGAAGAAUUUUAUCUCUCGCGGGGAAUUUCUCGAGGGUGGUUACAUUAAAAAGGAUGCCCUCAUGGUGAAACUGGCCAUCAGACCACCCACGGUUGGCCACAAGUUCAACUACCUGCGGCAGUAUCACGACAAAGCGAUUAGAGAUAUCGUCCAAGCUCAGUCGAAACCGGCCUCUUCCUCCUCACUACUGAACAGCAAACCCUUCGAAGCUCCGUUGAGCUUCUUCAAGAAGAUUCUGCCGCGAACGCCCAGCCAGGACCAGCCUGGAUGUUCAACGCCUCCCAAGUGACCCCAUCAUGUUCUACGCCUGUUUGUGUAA